CCACUCUCUCUCUCUCUCUCUCCACGCACGCAACUCUCGAUGGCUCUAAAAGUCCAAACCUAGACUAGACUAGACUCCCCGAGGCGACGCAGCUGAGCACGCCGCCCCCGCCCGCCGGUCCCUCCCUCCGCCGGAUCCUCCACCCGCUGGCGCCGCCCCUCACCCGGCCUAGUGGAGCGGAGAUCCGUCCGGCCGUGGCUUGGUUUAUUCUUCCGUUGGUGGUUUUAAUGAAAAUCUGCCCUUGAUAGAGUUAGUUUUGGCAGGAAGUUCGAUAUGGGUUCAGGAAAUUUGAUUGUGAAGAAGGUGGCAAGGCACAGCUCUUUUGAUCUGGACAUACACCUUGAUAAGAGUUGGAUAGAGGAUGUUACUUGCCCAAUCUGCCUGGAUUACCCUCACAAUGCAGUCCUACUAAGAUGCACAUCUUACGAAAAGGGUUGCAGGCCAUUUGUCUGUGAUACGGACCAGACCCGCUCAAACUGCCUUGAGAGAUUCAAAGGUGCAUAUGAGCUGCCCGCCAAUGUGAAAGUUUCGUCUAUAGCUGUGGCUCCUCUUGAUAGCAUUAUUCAUAUUGUGUCGUCUAAUGCAAACAACCGCCCAAGCUGCCCUUUGUGCAGAGGUGAUGUUAUUGGCUGGAUUGUUAUCGGUGAGGCUCGUUUGCAUCUUAACCAGAAGAAAAGAUGCUGUGAAGAGGAUUUCUGUUCGUUUGUUGGUAACUUCAAUGAGCUUCAGAAGCACACACAACAAAAGCAUCCAGAUUCACGCCCUUCAGAAAUUGAUCCUGCUAGGAGGGUUGAUUGGGAGAACUUCCAGCAGUCUUCUGAUAUUGUAGAUGUCUUGAGCACAAUACAUGCACAAGUUCCUAACGGAAUUGUUCUGGGAGAUUAUGUCAUUGAGUAUGGGGAUGAUGACACUGGAGAAGACUAUGAAGUUUUCCGCAGGGUUAGGACGAACUGGUGGUCCUGUAUAUUUUGCAAGGCAUUUUCUAGAUCUUCAAGAAGCCGCAGAAGAGCUAGAGCAAGGGAAAGAAGAGGCAGUGGAAGGAGGAACAGCAAUCAGGCCAAUCUGGAAAAUUUUAAUCUCGAGGUUCCCACACAAUCUGUUGAACUGAGGGAAAUCAGAUUUGAUGAAAUUGAUGAUGAAUACAUAGUCACAGGGGCCAUUCCUAGCAUCACAGCACCUGGAAGAAUGGCCAGUUUUCACUACAGGGAUACAAGAUAUGGACGGUGAUGUAUAGAAUCAGCUGUUCGAAAGGAAGCAUAGCUGUUAUGUGAUGCAUCAGUCAUCCGAACCCGAACCAUUGUACCGCUGCUCAUUUUCUAUUCCGCCUGUCUUUUCUAGGUGCUGCCCCGAUUUGAACUUCAUGUGCAUAAAAAGUAACAAAGAAACUUCUCCGUUCAUUUGCAACAGGUCUCGCCAUUCUAAUUUUAUUUUGUAUAUAUUUAGCACCCAUCUCUAUAGUGAUGUUGGUGACAAAGCUAUUUUCGAAGUUCUGUUUCUUCGAUGUAGCGCAGUUUUACAUAAAUGCCCAAACAAACUUCAGUUCCUUGGAUAUUUGUUUGGAGACUUUUGCCUGACUGAGUAGGGAGGGCAAGAGUUUUGAGGUGUGCAAUGCAGAUGCGGUAUGUGUUCUCCUGAGGAAAUCUGGAGUACAAUGCACCAUGCGCCAUGUUGAAGCUUUCUCCACUCAGCUUCAGACAGGUGUCUGGAAAGCUACAUGUGUAAUGCCCCUCCAAGAUAAUGUUUCACUGUUUGAAGAAUAUGCCAAGUUCUUUGCUUGC